ACAGAUAAGUUGAGUUUGCCUUGUAAAGAGGGGCAUGAGUCACAGUGCUGAACAGUGAGCCGUUUACUUUCACUCCGUUGGUCUCUCUGUUUCUCUCACACACACACAAUCCAGCUGCACAAAUCAACCUUACUUUUAUCCUCCCCAUUCCAGCAGCUUUUGGACCAGACCUUUCAGGGAGAAACAGAGAGGAAAAACUUCCAACCAUGAAGGACAAAGUGAAAAAAGGAGGAGGAAAAAAUCAAGUCAAAGCUGAUGUAAUCUCUCCACCCAGCGGAGAUGAUACUGUUGAUAUCAAGCAAGAGGAGAGCACAGCAUUUCCUGUGAAGAUCCAAGGAGCAGGAGUAGAGCCAUUUGAACUGCAGGUUAAUGCGUUCUGGCUCGUUCAAGAUGUGAUGAUGGCCCUGCUUUCGAGGAAUGAGGUGUGUCCACGUUCCAACUUGUCUCUAGCUCUAGCUGGGGCAACUUUGGAUCCCCUUGCUGAACUGCUAGGCAUCAAGGGCCUUAAGUCAGGAGCUCUCAUUCGACUAGUGGAAGAGCCUUAUACCCUCCACUCCGCAAGGGUUCACUUGGCUCGGGUUGUGGAGCUACUGAGAACGUCUGGUCCUCAUGAUGCACUGAGAGAAGGGCGAUCACCGAGUGUGCUGGAGACACUCACACACACACCUGAAUCAAACUUAGCGAAUGGAAAGAGCCUGAAGCGCUCAUUAAGCAACACAAAGGGAGAAUCAGCAAACCAGGAUGGAGCUCCACCUGAUUACCUCUUGCCUGGUUCCUCAGAAAGACCACUUAUGGCUCUGUUACCACACAGCUCUCAAACAGAGGCUCCUAGUUAUUUGAAGGACUUGUCUCUUAGCUGCUGGCACCCCCCUCCAGGACACAGGAAGCUGCAGGGGGACUUCAUGUACAUCACAGUGGCGACAAUAGAGGGUCGACACUGUGAUAUAACAUCCUGUCCAAAAGGCUUCUUCCUGAACAGGUCUACUGAAGAUUUAUUUGAUCCCCGUCCUGCACAAUCUUCUCCUAUCUGUCACUGUCUCACGGACUUGCUGUGCCACCUCAGCCCUACUUUCAAGCAAGCCUUUACUACACUAAAAAACAGACCACAGCAGCUCCCAGUAGAGGCGAUGCCCACUCCUUACCACACGCUGUGCUGGCUCGGGCCUCCUUGCGCCUCUCGUGUUCACAAGAACACCUUCAGUCGAUUGGGAGUGGAUGAACAGGCAGCAGCACAGGCACCAGAUUGGAAUGAGGAGUUACAAGCAGCCAGAGAUCUCCCAGAGGGAAGUCUGGAAGAAAGAAUCCAGAGAGACAAAACUUUGCUACAGAUUAACAGUGCUUUUGUAAGGACUGCUAUGCAGGGAGUUGAGACUGUGGUAGAUGGAUUUGUCGAGCCGGUAAAUGGAAACCCAGAGGACCCAGCUUUCCUCUGGGGAGGUCUGUUCAUGAGUCAGGGGGCCACAAGUCCGGUAUUCGGUGGUGAGCGGGGUCGCAGGGCAGCUCAGAGGUUGGAGCUUAAAGGUGUGCAGGCCUACAGUGACUUAGAUGGGCUCCAGGGCCUGCAUACCAUACCCACAGCUAUCGUGGACUACAGAGGAGUGCGUCUGUCAGCCCAGGGUCUGGCUCCUGGCUUUGAAAGCUCAGAGCAGGACCAGAAAGAUUCUCCUGCCUCUAGAGGUUUGCUUUAUGGAGUGAAUGCAGGACCCCAAGAAUCCCCUCAUCGUAGACGGCUGCUAGGACUGCUGGCUCAUGCAGCGAAAAGUCUGUCCAUCCAGCGACAUGUUGUUGUGGCUCCCAAGGGUCACCGAGUACCUCUGUUCACCUCUGCCGAUGCUCAGGGGCUACUGGGAGCUGAUGGGAGGUUCUACAUACUAGAUGUAUUUAGGAGCUUCCCAGCUGAUGCCAACUUCUGUCCAGAGGGGGAAACACAAAAUCAAAUAGCCGAUGAAGAUGAGCAAAGCAGCGAAAAAUGUAAAGAGAAUGAGGAGAACAGCAACAGGAAUGAGAAAGAGGGUUGGCCAGAGAAUUAUCAGGGCAUGAAUGGGCUCCCUAAAAGUUUUCCUCAUGCUCUCUGUAGACUGAGGCCAGAGCUGGUGCAAGCGUUCAUUCAGCACAAACAUUGUCAGUUUACCCGAAUUGUGAAGAAGAAGAUGGAUGAGAGUGGAGGAUUUGAAGAAUGUGCAACAGCCUGUGACUCUCGAGCGACUGAUGCAGUACGGGCUGCAUGCAGAGACGUGGGCUCAGUUAGUGACAUCAUCUUUGAGAUGCGUUUCAACCCAAACGUUUUCUCUCCGGGAAUCCAGUUUCCUCCUGCUGAGAGUGCAGCAACAAACCUCCAGGAGAAGUUGUUGAGAGAAGCUGCAGCUUUUAUCAUCACACACCAGAUACCAGACUUUCUGCAGUGCUGCCUAGAAAACCAUGAGGCGCCAAUGGAUGGAGCUUCUCUGAAACAGGCGCUGCACCAGAGAGGAAUCAACCUGCGUUACCUGGGGCACGUGGUCAAGGCUAUCAACCAGUCAGAACACAAGGAGCGCCUCCGGCACAUAUUGAGAUCAACUAUUGGUGAAAUUUUCAUCCGCUCAGCAAAAAGAGUCUUCAACCAUUUUCUACAGGGUGUGGAUGUGUCCUGCCUCUCUACAGCAGUCAGUCACUUCCUUGGUUGCCUAUUGGUUCACCAUUUCAUACCCUCUCCUGUCGGGGAAGAGGUGAGGAAAAAGUCAAGGAGACGUGGCCGUGCAGCUGGGGCCUCCGAGAGCAUGCCGUGGAGCAUGCUCACUGGAUCUGAGCUGUGGAAUCUGGUCUGCCAAGACGCUGUUGAAACAUAUGACAUCUCUGACAGUCUUGGCGCUGGUCCGAAUCAUUUGGUGGAGCACUAUGGACUUCAGAAACUCUCAUUGCUGAGAGAUUUCUGUUUAAAAACUGGAGUGCAGUUAAGACUCAGGGACUACAUCCUAGACAGCCAGAAUAAAGCUCCCAUGAGUCCAGACGACAUCCUUAACAUCUUCCCUGUGGUUAAACACAUCAACACACCGGCUGUGGAUGCAUCUAGAGCUUUCCGUGCUGCACAGAAUUACAUUCAAAAGGGCCUGCUAGAUCAGGCCCACGAACAGUUGAAGGAAGCAGCUUAUCUGUACGGCCGGGUGUGUGAUGAUCUGGACCCUGAGGCGUGUUACUGCAACAGCCUUUUGGCCAAAGUGACCUACCUGCGGGGGAAAGCAGCUGAGGUAGCUUCCUGUCUUUAUAGUGACAGAUUCCAGGAGUAUAAGCAGAAACACCUGGAAAGAAAGGCUGCAGCAGCAAAGGAACUGGGAUUCAAGCUCCCAAUCUGGCCUCUUAACUCGCAUCUUGUUAACAGAGAAGAGAAAAGCUCAGUAAAAGAGAGUGGAGUUGGGAAGGAAUCUGGGGACGAAGGAAACAACGAAGGGAAGAAAGACUGUGAGGGCCAGCAGCAGCCGCUGGAGGACACGUCUGCUAAGAGCGAUGCAGGCGUCUUAGCUAACGGUCACGUGGUGGAGCCAACUGAGCCACACAAACAGGCCAGGAAAGUUGAUGUAGAUGCUGACAGAGGAGUUACAGAAGCUGGGGUCCAGGCAGUGGAUGAAGGGGAGAUCCAGUCUGCCUCGGGGGUGAAAAAUGGCACAAUCGACAAGGACAUCGACACAGUUCCCAGCCCAUCAGCCCUUAAUAGUAAACUGACCUGGGCAGAUGUUGUUUCAAAAUCCAACAACGGGGCAGGAAGCAAGGCAGUAAAUGGAGUCAACAGUGUCACUGCCAAUGGAGCAGCUGAAGAGUAAAAACACACCAAGCCUGUGGGGGCGAGUUUUCAAAGAGCCUGCUGUAAGAGGAACCCAUCAUUGGAUUUAGAUUGUAACUUGAUCAAAACAAUGGGGAGGUAGUAUUAAGAAAGACGUUGAGUAUUUCUUCAUGUUUGAGAUGUUUCACUGUCGCAGAUGAUCUAAGAAACUUGCAUUUUUUGUUUGCAUUCUUUUAGACAAAGUUUUUCAGUCUGCUGUAAUAAACUUUUCUAUUCAUAACAUAA